AAUUAAUGUACUCCAUCCAGCAAUACUGUGGCGGCCUGCGGUUAAGGGAAUGAAUUGGGGCCUGAUGAAGGACUCUCCAAAUAACCAGUACAUCCUGUCUUUCAAUGUAUAUUUUGCAAUGAUUCCAAGUCUCCGCCAUAAGAUGUGACUUUUCACAAUCUGAGAUGCAGUGUCUUUUGGAUGAAAUCAGAAGAGAGUUUCUCUCUGAUGUGCUUCCACUAUCGUGAGCUGUGUUCCCGACUUGGUGCAAUGACCUAGGGGAGGCCUGAAGAGGAUGUCUCCAAAGAAGGCAUGCCCACGCUUACUGGACUAUCUGGUCAUUAUUGGUGCCAGGCAGCCGAGCAGCGAAAGUAUUGCUCAGACCCCUCAGCUGUUGCGUCGAUACCCACUGGAGGAUCAUCAUGAGUUUCCCCUGCCACCAGACGUGGUUUUCUUCUGCCAGCCCGAGGGAUGUCUCAGCUUGCGCCAGAAACGCACCAGCUUGCGCGACGACAAUUCUUUUGUCUUCACCCUGACGGACAAGGACAGUGGUGUGGUUCGUUAUGGGGUCUGUGUCAACUUUUACCGCUCCUUCCAGAAGCGAAGCCGGGACAGGUCUGACAGAGGUCAACAACGUCAAAAGGGCAAUGCGAUGGAGACGUCAGAUGACCACGAUAACUCCGACAGUGGCUCCUCCUUGGCUACACAUAGUGCUGAUUCCACCCCUGACAUCAAUCGCUCACCCCGAAUGAAGCGGCAUCUAAAGAGUGGGAAUCGGUCGCGGAACAGCACCCUAACUUCGCUCUGCAUUCUCAGCCACUACCCAUUCUUCUCCACCUUCCGUGAAUGUCUCUAUAUCCUCAAGCGGCUGGUGGACAGUUGCAGUGAGCGCCUGCUCAUUAAGAAGGCAGGAAGUUUGAAAGGCAUUCAACGAGACACCAUGUGGAGACUUUUCACUGGCUCUCUCACAGUGGACGAAAAGUCUAGUGUCAUCCUGCAUGAUGUGAGAGAGAUUGAAUCGUGGAUCUACCGGCUCCUGCACUCGCCUGUACCAGUUCCUGGCCAGAAGAGAGUAGAUGUGGAGAUACUGCCCCGGGACCUCCAGCCAGCCCUCACUUUUGCUCUGCCAGACAUAGCCCGCUUCUCAUUGGUGGAUUUCCCUCUGCAUCUGCCCCUCGAGCUGCUCGGAGUAGAACCCUGCCUGCAAGUACUCAGCUGCAUCUUGUUGGAACACAAGGUGGUGUUGCAGUCCCGUGACUACAAUGCACUCUCCAUGAGUGUGAUGGCUUUUGUUGCAAUGAUCUAUCCUUUGGAAUAUAUGUUUCCAGUUAUUCCCUUGCUCCCCACUUGCAUGGCUUCAGCAGAACAGUUACUUCUAGCUCCGACCCCCUACAUCAUUGGAGUUCCAGCCAGUUUCUUCCUUUAUAAGGCUGAUUUCAAGAUGCCGGAUGAUGUGUGGCUAGUUGAUUUGGAUGCUAACAAGGUUAUUGCCCCAACUAAUGCAGAGCUGUUGCCUCUUAUGCCUGAACCUGAAGCCACUGAGCUAAAGAAGCAUCUGAAGCAGGCACUGGCGAGCAUGAGUUUAAACACUCAGCCAAUCCUCAAUCUGGAAAAGUUCAACGAAGCGCAACAACUGCCUCUGCUGACUGGGCGGGCCCGGGAAGAGCAGACCUCCACUCCAUCCACCGAAUUCAAUCCCCUCAUCUACGGCAAUGAUGUCGACUCUGUGGAUAUCGCCACCCGGGUUGCAAUGGUACGGUUCUUCAAUAGCCCCAACGUGUUGCAGGGUUAUCUGGCUCACACCAGGAUCCUCAGACUCUUCCCUCGGCCUGUUGUUGCAUUCCAAGUAAAUUCCUUCCUGGCCUCCAGACCAAAGUUAUCCAUGUUCACUGAGAAAUUGGCUCGGACUCAGGCCGUGGAAUAUUCCGGAGAAUGGUCGCUGAAUCCCACCAACUACACCUUCCAAAGGAUCCACAACAGUGUAUUUGACCCAGCUCUCAUUGGAGACAAGCCCAAAUGGUAUGCCUAUCAGCUUCAACCCAUUUAUUACCGGGUCUAUGACAGUAACUCGCAGCUCGCCGAGGCUCUCAACAUUCCCAUCGAGAAAGAUGAUGGCUCUGAGCCAACUGAUGACAGUGGGAGUGACAGUGUGGAUUAUGAUGACUCCAGCUCUUCCUACUCCUCCCUGGGUGACUUCGUCAGUGAGAUGAUGAAGUGUGACAUCAAAGGCGACACACCCAAUAUUGAUCCUCUGACCCAUGCUGCCCUUGGUGAUCCCAGUGAGAUAGAGUUCCAGGGAUUUCAGAAAUUCCGGGAAGAUGCAGACGACCAGGGGCUGGACAGUGAAAAUUCUCUGGAGAACAAUCAUCCUCGUUCAAGCUCAAGCACAACAGCAAGCAGCAGCCCCAGCACAGUCAUACAGGGAAUUAAUCAUGAGUCCAUCGACUCUGUGGAGGCUGAUGAAAAAACUCUGACUUUCCACAAUCACAUCGCAGCCACCUCGAUUCAGGCUUUUGCUAAAGUCAGCUUGGAGCAGCGGGAGAAUGAUGGUUUGUCUGAGGGUUUGGGCCAUCAGAAGGACUAUGACAACCCCUACUUUGAGCCUCAGUAUGGCUUCCCUGCUGAGGAAGACGAGGGUGAAGAUGAUCAAGGGGAAAGCUACACCCCCAACUUCGUUCAACCCAUCAAUGGAAACCGGUCCAUGAAGCCGCUUCGUCCCAACAGUUUGAGACUUCCAAGUGAUUCUGAAGUGGAAUCUGAUUCUCGAGCAAGUUCCCCAAACUCCACCAUUUCCAACAACAGCAGCGAGGGCUUUGGAGGAUUUAUGUCAUUUGCCAGUAACAUCUACAAGAACCGUGGCAGCAGCUUCAGCCUCUCUAACCUGGCAUUACCAACCAAAGCAGGGCGAGACAAGAGCACACCGUUCCCCAGCCUCAAAGGUACGAGGCGAGCUCUCGUGGAUCAGAAAUCAUCAGUCAUAAAACACAGCCCGACUGUGAAGAGGGAGUCCCCAUCACCGCAAGGCAGAGCGAACAACAGCAGUGAGAACCAGCAGUUCCUGAAGGAGCUUGUACAGAACGUACUAGACGGGCAAGGUGUUGGAUGGUUAAGCAUGAAGAAGGUACGGCGACUCCUGGAAAAUGAGCAGCUCCGUGUGUUUGUCCUCAGCAAACUCAACAGGACAAUCCAGUCUGAGGAGGAUGCUCGGCUGGAUAUCCUGAAGGAUGUGGAGAUCAGUAAGAAGGUUUAUAGGGGGAUGUUGGACCUACUGAAGUGUUGUGUGGCCAGCCUGGAACACUCAUACAGCAACGCUGGCCUGGGGGGAAUGGCCAGCGUUUUCACCCUACUUGAGAUCGCUCACACUCACUAUUACAACAAAGAGCCGGACAAGAAGAAACGGAGUCCGACAGAGGGAGGCCCCUUUAUUGGUAGGAAGGAGCCCAUGCCCUCAAAGGGAGAUAUGAAGCCCCUCAAUGCACCAGUGACACAUCUACAAGUCCCACCUAAAGCCACCGUCAACAAGGGGCUGGGCGAGUAUGACUCCCGGAGUCUAAAUGAAGAAAACUUUUUGGCUUCAAUCGAGUUGUGGAACAAGCACCAGGAUGUGAGAAAACAAAAAGCUUUGGAAAAACAGAGUACUGAGAGCCCAAAACACUUACCAGACUUCGACCCAGAUGAGAAGAAAUCACAAAUCAGUGCGGAUAGCGGCAUGAGUGUAACAAGCUUGCAGAAGAGUGACAGUGAGUCUAUCACCAGCUCUGAACCGCCUGCACUCACCAGGAGCACCAGCCAAGAAUCGGAAAGCAGCACCGUGGUCAGUAACAGUUCUGGGGAAACUCUGGGAGCGGAUAGUGACUACAGCAGUACUGCUGGUGAAACUAUGCAGGGAAAACACAACUUGGCGACAAAGGUAUCCAGAGGGACUCUUUCUGACAGCGAGAUUGAGACCAAUGCUGACACCAGAUACAUCUUUGGUAAAUCACACAUGCUGGUACCUGGAUUCAAUGCUCCCAAAGGUGGCAUUGUGAGUCCCCAGCCUCCAACCCCACCAGAAGAUAUCAGUCAGAGGGUUUACCUGUUUGAAGGAUUGCUGGGGAGAGACAAGAGUUCAAUGUGGGACCAACUGGAGGAUGCGGCCAUGGAAACAUUAUCUAUGAGUAAGGAACGCUCAGUGCUGUGGGACCAGGUCCAGUUUUGGGAGGACACCUUCCUUGAUGCGGUGAUGUUAGAGAGAGAAGGAAUGGGCAUGGACCAGGGCCCACAAGAAAUGAUCGACAGGUAUGUGUCACUGGGGGAUCACGACCGGAAGCGGCUGGAAGAUGAUGAGGACCGCCUGUUGUCCACGUUACUCUUCAACAUGAUUGUAUACAUGCUGAUGGUCAAGAUGAACAAAAACGACAUCCGGAAGAAGGUGCGGAGGCUGAUGGGUAAAUCGCAUAUUGGUCUGGUUCAUAGCCAGGAGGUGAAUGAGCUGCUGGACCGCCUACCACAGCUGGAGAGCCACGAUCUCCACAUACGACCCUGUGGCAGUCGUCACAUCAAGAAGCAGACCUUUGUGGUGCACGCAGGAACCGACACCAAUGGUGAAAUCUUCUUCAUGGAGGUAUGCGAUGACUGCAUAGUUCUCCGCAGUAACAUUGGGACAGUCUACGAGCGAUGGUGGUAUGAGAAACUCAUCAACAUGACGUACUGUCCCAAAACAAAAGUUCUAUGUCUCUGGAGACGUAACGGGCAGGAGACUCAACUCAACAAAUUCUACACUAAGAAGUGUCGUGAGUUAUACUACUGUGUGAAGGACAGCAUGGAGCGUGCAGCUGCAAGGCAACAGAGCAUCAAACCAGGUCCUGAGCUUGGAGGUGAGUUCCCGGUUCAGGAUAUGAAGACUGGAGAUGGAGGCCUGCUGCAGGUGACCCUGGAAGGGAUCAAUUUGAAGUUCAUGCAGAGCCAGGAGUGGAAGGUUUUCAUUGAACUGAGUCACAUUAAAAAGUGCAAUACAGUCAGAGGAGUCUUUGUCCUGGAAGAAUUUGUUCCACAAACUAACGAAGUGGUGACUCACAAGUACAAGACCCCAAUGGCCCAUGAGAUCUGUUACUCUGUACUGUGUCUGUUCUCCUACAUGGCUGCAGCAAGAGGGAAAGAGAUGGAGAGCAAGAACAAGGUAACCCCAGCACGGUAAGACAUCAGCUUGUCACACCAUCCCAACCGCUGCCCAUCGCUCAACAUCCAGGUCAGCACUCCUGCAGCUCAAAUACACUUGGGUUCAUGGCAAUAACUGCUGCUUAACUUGUACUUGCCCUCCCCAAUCCAACUCCAUUUGCCUACAGCUUGCCCAGUUUAGAACAUUUAAGCACUUGGGCUAAAUGUAAUUACAUGCUAGCUUCUGCAUUGUAACAAUAAACUAUGGGCAAAAUCUUCAAUAUUAGUUCUACACUGGUUUUUAUAACUUUCACUGGAUUCACUGCAAACCUGCCCACCAAGGACCACUCCUAUACUGGAUUCACUUUAAAUCUGACCAUCGAGGACCACUCCUAUACUGGAUUCACAUAAACCUUCGCAUUGAGGGCCAUUCCUACACUGGCAAACCUACAUGAUGAAGACCACUCCUAAAUUGGAUUCACUGCAAACCUACCCAUCAAGAACCACUCCUGUACUGGAUUCAAAGUAAAUCUUCCCGAGGACCACUCCUUCACAGGAUUCACUGCAAGCUUACCCAUCGAAGCCCACUCCUACAUUGAAUUCGCUGCAAAUCUACCCAUCGAGAACCACUCCUAUGCUGAAUUCACUGAUAAGUUACCUAUUGAAUGUCACCCCUACACUGGAUUCAUUACCUGUGCACCCACAGCGGACUUUUUGUUUACUGAAAUCACUGGAUGUUUACCCGCAGAGAACUAGUUCUGCGCAGAAUCCACUCUAUGUUCUCCAAUUGGAACUGCUACACUGGAUUUAUAUUUCACUCGCACAUUUAGGAUUUACUCAGAUAUUUGCAGAUUCAUCCACUGAUCACUUCUGACGACUGCACUGAAAGGAAUCGUGGAUGAGAGUUGCUCGUUUAAACCCUGCUAAUUAAUUGCAACAUCAUCCCAUCACUCAAUUCACUGGAGAGGCGUCUGUUCAAAAGAUUUGUGCACCCUGGAUUUGCCAGCUAAGGAGCAAUCUCGGUUUGGAUUCACUGCGGACUGACCACAGGAGGGAUCCUCCCAAGGCUGCCUACAGUCAGUUUGAAGAAUGUUCCUGUAAUCCCAUUGCUCAGACUGACACAAGUCUGCUAUAUACAAUACAUGAUGACCAACAGAGCCAAGUGGGCAGUCAAGUCCACUCCUCGGUUUCCAGUUGUUUUCGUUGCACUUUUCCUGCAUGCGCCAUGGCGGAGCUCUGUGCCGAUCACACGUGAGACGUGAGGUGCAACCUUGUUUAUAGGCAGGUGAUUUGCACAGUGCAUAGACUAUACAACAUGCACUGUUGCUCUGCGGCCUCCUACUUAGUCUGUACGGUGAAAGUAACUGACCACAUUCAGAUGCUCAUUGAUCCCUUUGUGAUCGUUGGGAUUCAGAGAUGUUUGACCAAGUUGAUUACUUAAAUGCAACUGCCUGUAGGUGACUGGGAGAGGUUGGAGUACUCCAGCACUGACAUCAGACAUGGGCUGCCUUCUCCACCACCGCGCCACCAUUCCAAUCCCAGCCAGACACUUACAGCAUUACCCAUAUCAACUGGGCACUUCCAUAUGCUGCCUCUUGGGUACCAUCUGAAAGGGUCACACUAUCCAGUACCCCACGCUACUCUUAUCUGAUUUCAGACCCAUGACUGACCUUUCCAAAUCUCAAUCCCUACUAUUCAUCCUCGAAUGCAGGAUCAAGGAGAUCUGUAACAACUGUAAGUCCCCUGUUAAACUAGAGGAAGUGUUUUCAGUGCAAAGUUCUCAAUAGCAACUCAGAGGCUAGGGCAAGGGUUCCCAACCUAUUUCGUCCCGUUACCCCUUUAAUAAUACUUAACAAUGUUAUUUCACUUAUUUAUGAACAACUAAUGAUGAACAGAUACCGGUAUACCAGAACCAAACACAGUCAGUCAAUGAGAAAAAAAUAUGUACAAAUCCAGAAUCAACAAAUUUACCCCCUCGGUAGGUGAAAUUUACCCCAGGUUGGGAUCCCUUGAGCUAGGGUAAGAGUCAUUGUCUUUCUGUGCAUAGUGAGCGGCAUAAACAUCUCCAGACAAAAUGAUCCACCCAGAAGAAUUAUUUCCUCUCUAUUCACAGUAAUACAAAGGUCCCUUCUCUGUAUGCAGAGUAACAGAGGAAUAAUCCUCUCUCAUUUAGCAACAGUACACACAAUGAAUUGCAGAUGCUGGAAUUUUGAGUACUUGAGAGUAAUCUGUCCAUAAAUGUGAGCAAAGCCUCUGUCCUUACCCCUCCCCCACCCCCUCGUGCCCAGUGACAUCUAGUCAGUACCCAGAAUGAAAGGAGGGGCCCUCAUGGAACCAAUGAAAGAGGAAUACUCCUCCUGGUAUUGAGUAUGACAAAUAAUUAGACCUGUGCCCCGAGGACAGAGGGAUAAUUACGUCUAUGUAUUCUGGAGAGGAAUAAUGCACUAUAUACCCACCUCCCAAGGCGUGAUCCUCAUCCAACACAGUGAGAGAAGAAUAACUCCAUCCCUAUCACCAGACAGUGAAGCACCCUGUGCUCGGUGUAAAUGAAGGUGAAUCUAUUUCUCUCCAAGGAUGUUGUGUGAACAGCUGAGUGUUUCUGGCAUUUUCAGCUUUUCUUUCAGGUUGCCUUUAGCUGGAGAGAUAUUCCUGUCCCCAUAGAGCGCCGAGGAAGAACGCACUUCAAGCACACUUAGAACGUACUCCCACUGUGCACAGAAUAAUUCCCAUGCAAUGGGUGAAGGGGGAAAACCUCUCAAUAACCAGAGAGAGACCAUAAGACCUAGGAUCAGAAUUGGGACAUUCAGCCCAUCGAGUCUACGCUGCCAUUCAAUUACAGCUGAUCUAAUUUUCAUUUUCGACCCCAUUCUCCUGCCUUCUCCCCAUAACUUUUGACAUCCUUACUAUUCAAGAAUCUACCAAUCUCUGCUUUAAAGAUAUCUAAUGACAGCCUCCAUUCUGAAGGUACAUCCAUUUUUUUGUGAGGCUGUGCCUUCAGCUUCAAGGCUCUCCCAUUACUGGAAACAUCCUUUCCACAUCCACUCUAUCUAGGCCUUUUAUUGUCCGGUAAGUUUCAAUGAGAUCCUCCCUCAUCCUUCUAAACUCCAGUGAGUGCAGGCCCUGGGCUUUCAAAUGCUCCUCAAAUGCAACACAAUCAUCCCCAGGAUCAUUCUUGUAAACCCCCUCGGGACCCUCUUCAAACCCAGCAGAUCCUUCCUCAGAUAUGAGGUCCAUAACUGCUCACGAUAUAUCCAAAUGUGGCACCUGAUAAAGCCACAGCAUUACACCUUGCUUGUAUAUUCUAGUCCCCGUGAAAUGAAUAUUAGCAUUGCAUUUUCCUUCCUUGCCUGUACUCAACCUGUAAAUUAAUCUUUAGGCAAUCCUGCACCAGCACUCUCGUCCCUUUGCACCUCUGAAUUCUGAAUCAGCUCCGCAUUUGUAAAGUAGUCUAUGCCUUUAUUCCUGUUACCAAAGUAUAUGACCCUGCACUUUGCUACGCUGUAUUCCAUUUGCCAAUUCUUUGUCCACUCUCCAAACUUAUCUUAGACCUGCAGCCGCAAACUUGGCCACAAAGCCAUCAAUUCCUUCAUCCAGAUCCAUUAAAAUAUGAUGUGAAAAGUAGCGGGUCCAACCAACCCCUGCGAAACACCACAGGUCACCGGCAGUCGUGCAGAAAAGGCCCUCUUUAUUCCCACUCUUUGCUCUGACUUGCUUAUUUCUCAGUAAUACCUUCCUAAUACACUUGAUUUCUCCUCAUCCUCAUCCUGUUGACCUCUCCUCAUCCACCUACUACAUGAGACGGGAGGUGAAGCAGGCAGUGUAUGUUUUAAGCACUGACUGCAGGCAGUGUGUCGAAGGUCAGGAUUUUAUGCUUGAUGUGAAGAUGGAACUUACAGCUUUUCUCCUUUUUGUCAUGUGUGUUUUAUGUUAGAUAUUCUGAUCUAGUUUGGCCAGCAGGGAUGGUAUUCUUUGUGUUUGUUGCUUACUGUUAUAGGAUUGGGAUUUCUGGUGUAAAUAAUUCAGUAUUACAUGUAUUUAUAGCACUGUACAGUAUCUUGAAUGUUGCAAUAAAACCAGUCCAUGUGUCUCUGUC